AUGGUAUGCUUUAGCUUACAGCACAGGGAAAGCAGAUCAUUGCCAGCCAAGGAACUAAAACUAUUGAAAUUUGCUCUUAAGGACAUAAAAUGCGUGAUUUGGGCGUAUCCCAAGCUGUUUUCAGCCAAAAAACUUAAUUUUUUACAGCAUGCAAUUCGAAAUAUCAAAUGUAGGAACACGGUGGCCAGAGGAACGAUCAAUGAUGCUUUAUCGGUGCAAUACAGAAAAAUACGUCCGUUUGGAUGUAAAACACUUCAUACACUGCCAAUAGAAAAGAAAAGAGUGAACAGAAAGGUAUUCUGUGAUUUCAUACGUAAUCUUUGUCAGAAUUUGAUGAAGAAUAGGAAAGAAAUUCCUAGAACGCUGAUUUAUAGACCUGCCAGAAUGCUUGCAGGUAGAAUUCAAGUUACGAUUCGAUUGAAAGACACUUUACAGUCCAAACAGAUAAUAAAUGAGUUUGCACACAGGUACGCGUUAAAUAAGAUGAGCGUGCCACUACAAAUGACUGUUUGGGUGAAUAUGUACUAUUUAAACGAAAAGGUGAGGGAUGUAUUGCAGAUUAAGAAACUCUUCCCUGUGAUAAAGCUUUACAACAGGAAAGAUGGUAUCACGCUGCGAACCGGUGAUGUAAAGGUAAAAUUUAAUCGAAAAAAUUGUAUUGAUGAAUAUUGCGGUUUGCUGUACAAAAGACUAGCAAUGGUUGAGAAAUGA